AACACCAAAAUACAACGACCACGCUGCGAACCCGCGAGAGCAUCGCUCCAUCCCAUCCCAAGCUCCAUCGACAGCUGCUGCUCCCACACCACCACGAUCAUGCCCGCAGCGACGGCGUCCGGGUCUGAUGCGAAGCCCAACGGGGCCGCGAAAUCGCGGGACCACAACCAGGGAAAUCAGGAUAGGAGCUACACGCCGGAGCAGAAAAGCGAGGUCUUAAGGAUACGGCGGUGCCAGCCGACGGCCUUCUACGAUAUCUUGAACCUGGAAGCGGUCAAGACGACGGUGACGGAUACGGAGAUCAAGAAGGCGUACCGGAAGAUCAGUCUGUUGACGCACCCGGAUAAGAAUGGGCACGAGCAUGCGGACGAGGCGUUCAAGAUGGUCAGCCGCGCGUUUGGCAUCCUGGGGGAUAAGGAGAAGCGGUCGAAGUAUGAUCGCUUUGGGGGGGAUCCGGAUAGUAGGUUUGGCGGUGGUGCGCCGCAGUCCAGUCCGUUUUCUGGGUUUGCGGGACGGCCUGCGAGUUCGAGGGCUGCGGGAGGUGGUGGAGGGUCGAUGUGGGAGGAGGAAAUUAGUCCAGAGGAGAUGUUUAAUAGAUUCUUUGGUGGGGGUGGGUUUGGAGGAUUUGGUGGUGGUGGAGGACUCUUUGAUAACGGACAGCAAUUCGUGUUCAAUAUGGGAGGAGGUCCCGGUAUCAGGGUACAUCAAUUUGGUGGUGGGAGACCUCGACGAAGGCCGAGAGAUCCCAAUGCGCCUCCAGAACCGCCUGCGUCCCUCCAGACAACACUUAUGGGACUACUACCGCUAUUGUUCAUCCUGAUUCUGCCUAUACUGUCUUCACUCUUUUCUGGUUCCAGCUCAUCGACCCCGGGACCAUCGAUGCGAUUCGAUUCCGCGGUGCCACCACACACACUCCAUCGCCUUACUACCAGGAUGAAAGUGGACUAUUUCGUAAAUCCGGUUGAUGUGGAACAUUAUACGCCUUCGCAGCUUUCGAGACUAGAUCAGAGAGCAGAGGCAGCUUACGUUUCGAGACUUAACGUGGAAUGUCAAGAAGAGGAGCUCGCACGACAGGAUUUAGUAAACCAAGCUCAGGGGUGGUUCUAUCAGGAUCCUGAAAAGAUGCGAUUAGCAAGAGAGCUGCCCAUGAAGAGCUGCAGGAGGUUAGAUAGCAUGGGCGUGGGCCGUGGUGGUUACUAGAGACACGAUCGUUCAAUUCUCUGUACAAGUUGGGGACUCUCAUUGGGGCAGGGCAGCAUGGCGUUCGGGACACUGCAGCAUUCUUGGGCGAAGGGGCAUGCCUCUGGAUUUUUCAUGGUACCCAAUAAUAGAUAAAGCAUUCAUCUCAGGGUCGAGUUUGACUCGGAAGCGAUCAUUCUUCGGGUACACAUCGUCCUUUUGAGGUUGUGAAAAUGUUAGAGGA